AUGAACGUGGUGCGCGAGAUCAGCCGCAUCAACGCUGCCGAGCUCGACAUCGCCAUCAAGAACCCCUCCGCGUCCUGGCACGAGCAGUACCGCGAUUCGGCGUACAUCUUCAUCGGCGGCCUACCCUACGACCUCACCGAGGGCGAUGUGAUCGCCAUCUUUUCGCAGUACGGCGAGGUGGUCGAUGUCAACCUCCCGCGCCCCACGCAGCAGUCCAGCAACUCCGAAGACAAGCAGCAGUCGGGCUCAGCUUCCACAUCGCGCGAUGCAGCACAGCCGAGGCCGGGCAAGGGAAAGCACCGCGGCUUCGGCUUUCUCAUGUACGAGGAUCAGCGCUCCACCGUGCUGGCGGUCGACAACCUCAACGGCGCACAGGUGCUCGGACGGACGCUGCGUGUAGACCAUGUGGCGAGCUACAAGCAGCCCAAGAUGCGCGAUGCCGAUGGUCAGCUCGUCGAGCCCGAUCACAAGAGCUUGAAUGCCGCACCCUCGCAUGUGCUCGCCGAACAAGACGACUCUGCAGAUGAGCACGACCUCGAGGAUCCCAUGGCCGCGUACUUUCAGCGUGCCAGGAGCGACCAAAAGCGCAAGUCCAACGACGAUGGUGAUGAUGCGGCGCGCGCAAGGGGGAAGGAGGACAAGGCGAGACGCAAGCAGGAGCGCGCGCGGAUUCGAGCAGAGAGGGAGCAACGAAGGCACGGCAGUCAUCGCGAUGACAAGUCCGAUAGAACACGCGACUCACGCCAUCCACGUUCCACAUCCGACCGCUCGCAUCGACGCGACCGCACCGACUCGGAUGAAGAACAGCCGGUCAACAGGUACGCCGAGGCGACCAAACGCAAGAGCGUGCUUGACCAACACACCUCGCGCAGCCACAGCUCGACUUUACGCCAUCGGGACCGAGACCGAGACCGAGAUGCACACCGCGAGCGUCGUCGGUCUCGCUCCCCGCGGCCAUGA